AUGCUUGGUCCAAUUUCGUUACACCAUCGUACCGCUCAGAAUACACCCUUAAUAGUGCCAUAUCUACCAAUCAACGAAGGACCCACCCUGUAUGAGCUGGAGGGUGUCAGCCGGCUGGCGUUUGCGAUUGCAGAUAUGGUCUGCCUCAUCUGGGACAGACCCAACCCCACGGAUGUUGAGAUCGAAAUCGAUGUCCCGGACUUCCAGUACUACUGGUCUAUCUAUGAUUUCUAUCGCUCUGGGCUUAUCGACACUAGCUUAGUGUGUGAGUGGAUGGAGCUGGUCGACGAGAGACACAAUCAAAUGGGAGCCAUUAUGAUAGCGGCUAUCAAGUCGCUUCUACGCAGUCAAUUUCUAAGUCUGGACAUCGAAAAACUACGUAUCAACAUAACGUCUGGGGCUGAAACAGCAAGCUCGCUCAUAAAGAAGUGCCUGACGUAUGGUAUUUUUCCGUCAGUACAGGGGAUUAUCUCCUCUCUUCACUCUUGCCCGAUGUACGGCGUCUUAUGGCAGGAUUUCUUCACGAAUCUUGAUCCAGAUGAGCCGAUGGCGACAGUAACCGAUAUCUGCAGGCUGACGUAUGUCUUCAAAGCGGUUCGACCAGCCCUUAGGCGACGAAGAUUCGACAAAACGCACAUGAUUUUACAAGUGGACGAUAUCGGCGAGCACCGGAUUUUUGACAGAGCUGAGGCAAUCCUCAAGGCCUAUAAUGGUGAUGGAUCGCUGAGCCUAGUUGAAAAACGAUCUGUCAUGAUCGGCCUUUUCCCGCUGCACAGAAUCAGCAUGGCCCACCUGGCACAUGGCAAGGCUCUGUACGUCCAUGCUCCGCUGGAUAGAUUGUUCUUUGACAGAGCGACGGGGGAGUCUAUCACGAUCAUGAAGAUGAUCAGCCUUACCUACGGUGUAAGGAUUGCGAAAACGGUGCAGAAGGCCUUUUCCCAGAACUGUCUCCAUCCUGGCAACUGA